AUGAUUCUUGACUGGGAGGUAUGGCAGGACGGCUGGCCUCUUGGACUGGGCCUGGGCACCCUGAAUCCGGGAGCCGGGGCGGUCAGGAGCGUCGGCUCCUCCUCCUCCACCGCGGCAUUCACCCCGUCCCACUGCGUCUCGUCCGUCGCUUCGUCUGAUCUGGACACAGAGUCGGCGUGGUCUUUGCCGCGCGCUGGCGGCGGCGGCGGCGGCAUCACGCUGGCGGCCCUGAUCGGCCUGGUGGACGCUAUGGAGAGCCGGCGCAGCAGGCGCCGGGGCGAGAGGGCGAGCAGGAGCGGCAGGCUGCGGGCGCUGCUGCUCUCGCUCUGCCUCCGGAGCCACCUGGAGAACGGCGGCGGCGCGGCGCCGUCGCUCGGCCAGUUCCUCGAGAUGGAGAGGAGGGCUAGCGGGAGCAGUGGCCAUCUCCACAGGAUGCUUCCGUGGAACCGUGACUGA